AGUGUCCACAUUUAAAUUAAAGAAUUUUCAACCAAAUAAUUUUAUGAUGACUAAUGCAAUAAAUAGCAACAAAGAGUUGGUACCAAAAUGGAUUGAGGCCAAACUAUUCGAAAAUAUCUUGCUAGAAAAUGUUGAAAACUAUAAAAAUAUUAUAGAAUUUAAUGUUAAACCGGCUAUGCCAGCAGGAGAAAAUUAUGCCACCUAUAUGCUAAAAGUUGAAAUUGUAGUUGAAUUGCAAGAUUCGUCCAAAAAAUCUCUAUCUUUUAUGUUAAAAGUCAGUCAUGACAAUGAACAAUUGGGUGAAAUUGUGAAAGGUCACGACAUUUUUGAAAUAGAGAAGAACAUGUAUGAUGAAAUUGUACCAGCAUUUGAAAAACUUUAUGCCGACGUCGGGGUAGAAGUGAUAUUUGGUGCUAAAUCUUAUAAUUUCCCGAGUAAAAUGCAAUAUAUUUUAUUAGAAAAUCUGUGUACACGUGGUUUUAAAAAUGCCAAUCGUCUGGAAGGUCUAGAUAUGGAACAUACGAAAUGUGUUUUGAAAAAAUUAGCUCAAUGGCAUGCUGCUUCAGCAGUUCUAGUUGCUGGAAAGGGUCCUUGUGAAAAACAAAUAACACAUAUCAAUUUCCAGGAAGAAGGUGACGGCGUUAUGAAAGCUAUGUUCAUGAGUAUGGGUAAAGUUUUCUUUAAUUGUGCUAAGAAUUAUAGCAACUACAGCGAGUAUGCAGAUGAUCUUAACUCAGCCAAGACCACUAUGAUCAAUGAAUUUUUCAAAUUGUCAACACCCAAUCCAAAUGAAUUUAAUGUUUUGAAUCAUGGUGACUGUUGGUGCAACAAUGUCAUGUUUCAAUAUGAUGCCUUUGGUAAAAUCAAGGAAACAUACCUCAUUGACUAUCAAACACCCAAAUACGGUUCACCGGCUCAAGAUUUAUUUUACUUUUUAUUAUCAUCCACCCAAUAUGAUAUCAAAAUAAAUCAAUUUGAUUAUUUAAUUAAAUUCUAUCAUGAUCAGCUGGUGAAAAAUCUGCAAGUGUUGAAGUACAGCAAUAGAGUACCCACUCUAACGGAACUACAUACAAUGUUGUACAAAUACGGCAUUUGGGGAUUUUCGACGGUAGCUGGUGUUAUGUCUGUCACGCUUUUAGAUCCCACAAAUACAGCUAAUAUAGAUAAUUUUAUUGCUGAUUCGGAUGCUGGUUUGGCAUUGAAGACCUUGAUGUAUUCAAAUGAACGUUAUCGUAAACAUGCUGAAGCUCUAUUGCCUUGGUUAAAAAAUCGUGGUGCUUUGUCGUUCUGAUGCUAUUUUGUAAAAUGUUUAGAAUGCUUUGUUAUUUUUUUUGUUUAUUAUUAUUAUUUUAAAAAAUCUAAUAAUACCUUACCAUGUUUAUUGUAAUAUUUCAGUCUUAAACUUGAUCAAAUAAAGUGAAUAAAAUAAGA